CAAAGCAAACCCACCACCACAAGGAAAGGGAAGCGUAUCACCAGUCACCACCCUCGGAUCCUUCGCCUUAAUUGCCCGCGUCGUCCAUCUCACGCUCGCUCUCCCAAAAACUUCCCAUUUUCACACCCCAAGCGCACGACCCCGGCCCCGGCCUGGUAUAAAACACCAGGGCGAAACCGCGCCACGACUCGAUCGGCACGGCAGUCGGCGCAGCAGCCAGAGGGCUCGGGAGAGCGAGCGCGCGGUUGCUAGCUAGCUACUGUACGAGCUCGGUGCUGCCGUGUGCGAGGCGAGGCGAUGGGGAGGAGGCUGGACGUGCUGCUGGGGCGGACGACGAAGCAGACGGCGCGGCUCAAGUCGCUGCUGGGGCUGGCGGUGACGCGCCUCGGCGUGGUGCGGGGCCACCGCCAGGUGCGGUGCGGGCAGGCGCGCGGGGACGUGGAGCAGCUGCUCCGCCUCGGCCACACGGACCGCGCGCUGGCGCGCGCCGAGCACGUCGUCCGGGAGCAGAACGCGCUCGACGUGCUCGCCGAGCUCGAGGCCUACUGCGCCCUCAUCGUCGAGAGGGCCGCGCUCGUCGACGCGCACAGGGAGUGUCCCGAGGAGCUGCGGGAGGCGGCGGCGGGGAUCGUCUACGCCGCCGCCAGGUGCGGGGACCUCCCGGAGCUGCAGGAGGUCCGGGGCAUCCUCGCCGCCAAGUUCGGCAGGGAGUUCGUCUCCGCCGCCUCCAACCUCCGCAGCGGAUGCGGGAUCAACGCCAAGAUCGUGCAGAAGCUGUCGACCAAGCAGCCGAGCCUGGAGAGCCGACAGUUGGUGCUACAGGAGAUCGCCGCCGAGAAAGGGAUCACCGUGCGCAUCUACGAGCCUCCCUGCGAUGACUCGGGGCGUUCCAACCACAACCACAGGAAGACGAAGCACGGUGACGAGAGGAUCAGCAGGACGGCACCAGUUGAUGACCGGGACGAGGACAUUUCCGGCGACUCGGCGCAGAGGUACAAGGACGUGGAAGCGGCAGCUCAGGCCGCGUUCGAGUCGGCCGCCUCGGCAGCCGCCGCCGCGAAGGCCGCCAUGGAGCUCUCGCGAGGGGAGCCCAGGGGGCCCGGUGACAGGAGGAGGAUGCAGAUGGAUCCUGAGAUCGAGAAACAAGAUGAGGUGCUUGAUGGAAGGAGAUCUGAGAAGAUUGGGCUUGAUCGGAAUUGCAGCUCAGAGGUUGAGAUCGUGCCGGAGGACGAGGCAAAUCAUGGCAACGUUGCAGUGAACGAACUGAAACAGCAGGAGCCUGCAAAGGGAAAGCCGGCAUCGGUCAGAACGAAGUGGGGAUUUUAGCGGCAUCCAGAUGGCAACACAGGAGAUGGUUUUCUUGAUUGAUUUUGUCAGUAUAUAUUGGAAGUUAAUUUUUCACUGAUGCAUGUAGUUAGAUCUUAUGGUAUAUGCUCAUACCAUAUAGGAGUAUAUAGUUAAUGGUGGCCAAAAAGGAAAAAAAAAAGAUUUGAGAUUUGAUUUAUUUCCUAUAUUA